UGGAUCUAUUUUCCUUUUCAGCACUGCAGAAUGGAGAACUAUAAGAAGACCAAGAUUGUGGAGAAGCCUUGUCCUCUUCCUUUCACUGACCUGCCCCCUGAUAUUAUUGAGAUGAAGGUGAAGGAUGGGAGCAAAAUCAGAAACCUGAUGGGAUAUGCUAUUGGCAAGAUGGAGCUGGACUCGGUGAGGCAGAUCCUUUUCACUGGCUCGGGCAAGGCCGUCAGCAAGACCAUUACCUGUGUGGAAAUCAUGAAACGAAGGCUCAAAGAACUCCACCAGAUCACCAAAGUGCUCUUCAAACAGAUCGAAGAGAUCUGGGAACCCAUUGUGCCUGAGGCAGGCCUCGAUGCCUUGACAGUGAAGAGAAACAUUCCUGCCAUAUGUGUCUUGCUCAGCAAAGAUGCCCUUGAUCCCCAAGAGCCUGGAUAUCAGGCUCCAGGUUCUUUUGAAGCCUUCUGGAUUGAGACACUCAAAGCAGAGUCCCAGGGUCAAAUGAAGAGGAAGCAGGGUGCAGGAAGAGGAGCUGGCAACACAGGAAAGCACCCUCGGUCUGUCGGAGAGCAUGAGGAGUCCUGCGAAAAGUCCUGAGACGAAGACGACGCGUUUGGGUGUAACUUGGGGGAUUUAAGGAACAAGCCAGCUACUGUAGCUGGGAAGCUGCUGAACACAUGGGCUUGCAGAGCUGUUAGGGGAGGGUAGGAGAAGUUGCUGUUUCAAAAUGGACAUGACUGUAGCUGUCUGAAACUGUGUUUUGACAAGUUGGCUUGUCAAAGGCUGCCAGUACUCUGUAGCUUGUGGUUGAGGAAUGAACCAGAUGGGAACCAUCUCUAUUUGAGCAUGGACUAUUGGCAUCUCGUCAGGGGGCCCAAAUUAAUGGCUAUUCACUGAGCUGGGUUUAAGCUGCUCGGGGAGAUGCAGCAGGGGCAGCACACCACCCGCUCGUGUUGGAGGAGGAGGUGGCUCUUGCUGUGGCGCAGAUGGGAGGUGUGACCCAGCUUGGAUUUCUGGCUGCUGCCUGUGUCGCCAGAGUUUGUGUAUACAGAAAACACGGUACUGGGCUGGAUCAGCCACUUAAUCUGUGCCUGAAAGUCCGUCUUCUCGUAAUCCCUUGUGGCAGCCUUAUGGUUUGAAUGUAGGGCUGCAAUCUCUCCUCAGAUAUGACUCCAUCUGUGAUUUUGUGAGAGUUGCAUCCUUUCUGUCCUCCUUUGACCUCCUCUGUGGAGUUGGCAGAUGAUGCCCUCUAUCUGCCAAAGUGUCAGGAGUUGACUGAUCUAAUAAUCGGCCCGAAAUCCUGAAGCUGUGCGAGUGCCCUGGGGUUGUGGUAAUGGUUAGCUCCAAAGCACACUGUUUUCCUUUUCUGCUCGUUUGUGAUACAUAGA